AUGUGGCGUCUGUCGUGCUCCCACCACGAUCAGCAAAGCGUGCAACUAUUCCCCCUCCCCCUUCCUCUCUCCUCUGCAGCAUCCGCGAUCGACCCGAUUCUAGAUGGGUCCGCAUGUCCUGCUGCAGCCGCCGCCCAAGGCAGUGAUACGGAGGGAGGAGUGGCGGCUGAUACCCCCAACUGCCUGACCCCCGCCCUGGAGGGGGUAGAGUUCAACGGCAGCCUCUCAUCUCCGGGUCAUUCGGCGCCCGCAUAUGCGGGAGACAAGGACGAGAAAAGCGCAGGUGAGGCGGCAAGUGGCCCCCCCGCCCGCCCGCCCGCCCGCGGCCGGAUUGUCGGUGUGCCUGGUUCGUACCCGGCGGCUUUCUCAGCUUUGUCACGUUCGCAGAAAACGGCCAAUGUCACUGUACAAAAGUCUCAGGCUCGCCCUCUGCCGCCUCGAGCCCCGGACGGCGUCUCGCCCGCCAACAAUACGUAA